AUGGCAUAUCAGUUCUUUUCAAAACCAAAGUCACGAUCUUCAUCAGCUUCUCCUUCCCCAUAUCGUCCAUCCCGUUCUAAUAAUCCUCCUAUUCAUCUACCUCCUCUUCAACCACCCGUCGGCGCAAAGCCGGGAUCAUGCAAUGUCAGCGAAGACACUUUCCCACCAUUCCCCCACGAGAUACCUGCGGGUUACGCGACUGCGCACCCUAAUAUCACCGUAGAGACAGUGAAGACAGCGCAUAUUCCUUCUCUGUCGCGCAUCACUGGUCUACUGCUCCCAAUACGCUACCCAACGUCCUUUUACACAGCUACCAUUACCGACCCGGUCAUCGCGUCACUUUCACGCGUCGCUGUAUACCAUGACCACCCGGUCGCUGAGGUACCCGAUCGUGGGUCCUUGCCGGGUACUGAUAAAGUGAUUGGAGGCAUUCGAUGUCGCUUAGAGAAGCAGGAUAAUGGACAGGUGGUGAACGGACGAGAAGCCACGACUCUAUACAUCCAAACUCUGUAUCUCUUGUCACCAUAUCGUGGAAGUGGUGUUGCUACUUCGCUGUUGAACUCAUUACUGUUCGAAUCUGUCGACAACAAAUCCACCGGGAAGGUAUCUGAAUUAGUAAAACACUACAACAUUCGUGAAGUUACCGCUCAUGUUCACGAGGCGAACGAAGAUGGGUUGAACUGGUAUACUGCAAGGGGGUUCAAGCUUGAUGCUACCAUUGUGGACGGAUAUUACCGUCGUCUCAAGCCGUCGGGGGCAAGGAUUGUUCGCCUAAAGGUCCAGCGGCAGGAUGAAGAGACCGAAGGUGAACAAGAAUCCGAAGACCCCGCACAUGCUCCAGUGGAACGAAAUGAGGCACCAGAUCAACAUGCGUCGCCUAGUGAUGCAGACGAUGAGGACUGGGAGAAGGUGGAAGCAGAAGAUGAUGGUGAUCUCGGUGUGCAAACAUUAGGCGAAUCACCGAUCCUGGAAAGGGACGAGAAGGAGGAGACAGCGUCUAGGAAACGAAAAGCCGAGGAUGAGAGCGGAAAUCAUGCACAGCGUCGGCUAUGA